AUGGCGGUCUUCGAGAAGAAUACACGCCCCAAGAUUGCUAUGGUGGGCUCCGGUAUGAUUGGAGGCACCAUGGCUUUCCUGUGCAGCUUGAGGGAACUCGGAGAUGUUGUCCUCUUCGACGUUGUACCGAACAUGCCGAUGGGGAAGGCGAUGGAUAUAUCGCACAAUUCGUCGGUGGUUGACACGGGUAUAACAGUAUACGGCUCAAAUUCAUACGAGUGCUUGAAGGGUGCGGACGUAGUAAUAAUAACAGCAGGGAUAACAAAGAUACCCGGAAAGAGCGAUAAAGAAUGGUCUAGAAUGGAUCUAUUACCUGUGAAUAUAAAGAUAAUGAGGGAGGUCGGUGCAGCAAUUAAAUCUUACUGUCCUAAUGCAUUUGUUAUUAAUAUAACAAAUCCUUUAGAUGUGAUGGUAGCUGCUCUUCAAGAGUCAUCAGGACUACCUCAUCAUAGAAUCUGCGGUAUGGCUGGGAUGCUUGAUAGCUCUCGUUUUAGACGUAUGAUAGCUGAUAAAUUAGAAGUCUCUCCUAGAGAUGUACAGGGGAUGGUCAUAGGUGUACACGGCGAUCAUAUGGUGCCCCUAAGUAGAUAUGCAACAGUUAACGGCAUCCCGCUUUCUGAGUUUGUUAAGAAGGGCUGGAUCAAGCAAGAAGAAGUAGAUGAUAUCGUUCAGAAGACCAAGGUCGCUGGAGGAGAGAUCGUACGCCUAUUAGGACAAGGCUCUGCUUACUAUGCUCCAGGGGCUUCAGCUAUUCAGAUGGCUGAGAGCUAUCUAAAGGAUAGAAAGAGAGUGAUGGUUUGCUCUUGCUACUUGCAAGGACAAUAUGGUGUACAGAAUCACUACUUAGGAGUACCUUGUGUUAUCGGUGGGAGAGGUGUUGAGAAGAUUAUUGAGUUAGAAUUGACCGCACAAGAAAGACAGGAGCUUCAGGGAUCUAUCGAUGAGGUUAAGGAGAUGCAGAAGGCUAUUGCUGCUCUUGAUGCAUCCAAGUAA